GAUGCUCCAACACUGGACACACAACGAGAAGGAGCUGGGAAAACUCAGGUCAAAGAUCAGCCGUGACGUGGAUCCUAGGAAACACCUGCUGUAUUACUUCGACUUCCGGAGGAACGUGCGGGAAUUCCUGCGUCUGCAGGCGCAGAACCUGACUUACCGGUUCAGGACGCCGGUGGGACGGUACAACUCCUGCGCGAUCGUCGGCAACGGCGGAAUACUACACAACAGCAGCUGUGGCGCGGCUAUCGACGCGCAUCACUUCGUGUCCAGAUGUAACAUGGCGCCCACCGAGGGAUUCGAAAAGGACGUCGGGACCAAAACCAGUCACAUGAUGCUGAACGGCGAGAGUAUAUAUGACCUCUGGGAUGAUUUAAAUGACACUGCACGAGAAAUAAACAUGAUAAAGCAGUUCAAAACACUGAACGGUUCUAUUCUGCACUACUCCAAGGUCAGAAAUAACAAUAUACCUCGCAUUUUGACUGGGCUGAAUGACAAGUUGAAGAGAUAUUUGAAGCAGUAUCAUAUCAAUAUCACACUGGCCUACGCACAGAGGAACAUGGCAAACCCCGUAAAUGUUUUGCUCCAGAGGAUUUUACGGCAAAGUCGCUGGGCGCUGACGCCGACUACCGGCAUUAUGGCCCUGUUUUUGGACAUGACCUUCUGUGACCACAUAACUGUGUACGGCAUGUGGCCGUUUCCCGUCGAUCCCCGCGGCAGACCUUUGAACUACCACUACUACCAGGUGGGGACUGAACAGCUGCAGAACGAGCGUCACACCUACAACACCGAGAUCCGCUACCUGGCCAGGCUACACAGCAGGGGCGUCAUCAGACUUGUCAUACAGCCCUGUCGUUAGGACAGUCAGGUCAGGCCAGUUAGAUCGGAACAACCAAUCAGCACCAAGGACAAGGACGUAUGAUGGGGGUAAUACCCAAUCAGCACCACGGACAAGGACGUAUCAUGGACCU